UACAAAAUAGAAAAAUAGUUUGCGGCAAACGUGAUCAUCAUAGCAUAAUGUCCAAAUUUCUGUCCCUUUUCGCCAAACCAUUCCCAAUCAUUGGCAUGAUUCACGUUGGCGCUCUGCCUGGAACACCACUUUACCGGGGAUGCUUUGAGAAGGUAGUGGAGAAUGCCUGCAAGGAAGCUGAAGUCUACCAAGAAAAUGGCGUGGAUGGAAUAUUGAUAGAAAACAUGCAUGACAUCCCAUACAUUCGACCAAGCGAUAACCUUGGGCCGGAAGUAACUGCAGCAAUGGCAAGAGUGGCCUGCGCCGUUCGUCAGACAGUUUCGAGCAUUCCCUGUGGAGUACAGAUUUUGGCCGGUUGCAAUCGUGAAGCAUUGGCCGUAGCUAAAGCGUGCAAGCUGCAGUACAUUCGUGCCGAGGGAUUUGUGUUCGGACACAUGGCCGAUGAAGGAUUCACCGAUGCAUGCGCCGGUUCAUUGCUACGCUAUCGGAAACAAAUCGACGCCGAAGAUGUCCUGGUGCUGACGGACAUUAAAAAGAAACAUAGCUCCCAUGCGAUUACAAAUGAUGUGUCGAUUGGUGAAACAGCACACGCCGCCGAGUUCUUCCUCUCCGAUGGUCUAGUCAUUACCGGUGCUUCCACAGGUGCUAGUGCAAGUGAAGUCGAACUUAGUAGUCUAGUUGGGAAAACUGAUCUGCCGCUGAUCAUCGGCUCGGGCCUAACACUCGAAAACUUCACCAACUACCGACAGCUUUCACACGGCGCCAUUGUUGGAUCACAUUUUAAAACCAACGGUCACUGGGCGGAAAAGUUGUGCCCAAAAAGAAUCAAAGCCUUUAUGAAUCACGUGAACACAUUGCGAGAACAAGCGACUUAA